UCACUCCGCCCCCCCCCCCACCCCCGGCGCGCUGCCCGCCUCCCCAAACCAAGAGCGAACACACUCGUCACUUGCUUCCUCUACCCGCUGCAUAACAUGAGCUCCCUUCCCUUUGAGUGGACGUACAACGAUACAGAUGGUUUCCCAACGGCAUCCCGCUUCAUGCUGACCGAAACUGUUAUUAUUUAGGAGAAAUAUCUCCCCCCCCCUCCCCAUUCCCACGGUUACCGGUUGUGUUUUUUUUUUUUUGGAUGCGCCAUGCAAUCUCGCCGGUGGAGUUGUGGAAUUCGGCUGGUGGCGUGGACGUGUGUUUGGAGUCUGACAUUGCUCGGAGCGUGGUGCAUCCCCGCAAAUGAAGUGAACCUGCUGGAUUCUCGCUCUGUGAUGGGAGACCUAGGAUGGGUGGCCUAUCCUAAGAAUGGAUGGGAGGAGAUCGGGGAAGUGGACGAGGACUACGCUCCGAUCCACACUUACCAAGUGUGCCGGGUGAUGGAGCAGAACCAGAACAACUGGCUCCACACCAACUGGAUCCUGACCGAGGGCGCCCAGCGGGUCUUCAUCGAGCUCAAGUUCACCCUGAGAGACUGCAACAGCCUGCCCGGCGGGGUCGGGACCUGCAAGGAGACGUUUAACAUGUAUUACUACGAAACGGACGGGGGCGAGGAGGAAAUGGAGGACGGAGAGAUGAGCGAUGGAAUGGGGAUGACGGAGGAGGAAGACAGGGCGAUGAAGGAAAGCAGAUACAUCAAAAUUGACACCAUAGCAGCCGACGAGAGCUUCACCGAGCUGGACCUUGGGGACCGCGUGAUGAAACUCAACACGGAAGUCCGCGAUUUAGGUCCCCUGACUCAGAAGGGCUUCUACCUGGCUUUUCAGGAUUUGGGGGCCUGUAUCGCUUUGGUGUCUGUGCGCGUUUUCUACAAACGCUGCCCGCUUCUAGUGAAGAGUUUGGCCGAGUUCCCCGACACCAUCCCAGGCUCAGAGGCUUCACAGCUGGUGGAGGUAGUGGGCCGCUGCGUCAAUAACUCCCUGCCUUUAUAUGAGCCUCCCAGGAUGCAUUGCAGCACGGAGGGAGAAUGGCUGGUGCCGAUCGGGAAGUGCGUGUGCCAGCCGGGAUUUGAGGAAAUCAACGGAUCGUGUCAAGUCUGCAAAGUGGGGUUUUACCGCUCGCUGCUGGAGUCCUUGGCCUGCAGUAAAUGUCCACCCCACAGUGUGGCCAGGCAGACGGGAGCCACUGCUUGCAGUUGUGAGGACGGAUACUAUAAGAUCGACUCCGACCCUCCCAAUAUGGCCUGCACACGCCCUCCGUCUGCUCCACGUAACGCCAUCUCCAAUGUCAACGAGACCAGCGUCUUCCUGGAGUGGUCCGUUCCGAUGGAAACCGGUGGCAGGAAGGAUGUGCACUACAAUAUCCUGUGCAGACAGGUAUUGCCAGAUGGAAGGGGCUUGGAAGAAUGCGGCCCCAACGUACGUUUUCUGCCACGCCGCGUCAGCCUGUCAAACACCUCGGUCAUGGUGGCCGACCUGCAGUCACACACCAACUACAGCUUCCUGCUGGAGGCUGUCAACGGGGUGUCAGAGCUGGCCAAAGAGCACGCCAAGCAGUAUGUGUCACUUAAUGUGACAACCAAUCAGGCAGCACCGUCCCCAGUGAGUGUGGUGAGAAAAGGCAUUACGGGGAAGAGCAGCAUCUCCCUUUCUUGGGCAGAGCCUGAUCGCCCAAACGGCAUCAUCCUGGAGUACGAGAUCAAGUAUUUUGAAAAGGAACAGGACUCCAGCUACACGAUUAUAAAAUCCAAGGAGACUGAGAUGGUGGUGGAAGGCCUGAAGCCCUCUUCAGUCUACAUCUUCCAGGUGCGAGCCAGGACCUCAGCAGGCUAUGGCGCAUUUAGCCGACGUUUUGAAUUCCAGACCAGCCCUUACUUAACCGCGACCAGUGAGCGUGCUCAAGCUUCGAUAGUAGCGGUGGCCAUCACGUUGGCUCUGGUCCUACUGGCGGUAGUCGCUGGAUUCCUGCUCAGUGGACGGCGGUGUGGCUACAGUAAAGCAAAGCAGGAUCCCGAAGAGGAGAAGAUGCACUUCCACAACGGCCACAUAAAGUUCCCGGGGGUGCGCACCUACAUUGACCCCCUCACCUAUGAGGAUCCCAACCAGGCCGUGCAUGAAUUUGCCCAAGAGAUUGAUGUCUCGUUCAUCUCCAUAGAGAGGAUCAUCGGAGCUGGGGAAUUUGGCGAGGUGUGCAGCGGACCGCUGAGGCUGCCCGGGAAAAGAGAGAUCCAGGUUGCCAUCAAGACCUUGAAAGCAGGCUACACCGAGCAGCAGAGACGCGACUUCCUGUGGGAGGCGUCGAUCAUGGGCCAGUUCAACCAUCCAAAUAUCAUCCGUCUGGAGGGCGUGGUCACCAAGAGCAAGCCGGUGAUGAUCAUCACUGAAUACAUGGAGAAUGGAUCACUGGACACUUUCCUCAAGAAAAACGAUAGUCAGUUUACUGUAAUCCAGCUGGUUGGUAUGCUGCGUGGCAUUGCGUCUGGGAUGAGAUACCUGUCCGACAUGGGCUACGUCCACCGGGACCUUGCGGCUCGUAACAUCCUGGUCAACAGUAACCUCGUGUGCAAAGUGUCUGAUUUCGGGCUGUCCCGAGUCCUGGAAGAUGACCCGGAGGCGGCGUACACCACACGGGGCGGGAAGAUCCCGAUUCGCUGGACGGCUCCGGAGGCGAUCGCGUACAGGAAGUUCACCUCAGCCAGCGACGUGUGGAGUUACGGGAUUGUCAUGUGGGAAGUUAUGUCGUACGGAGAGAGGCCAUACUGGGAGAUGUCCAAUCAAGAUGUAAUAAAGGCAGUAGAGGAGAGCUAUAGGUUGCCGGGUCCUAUGGACUGCCCUGAGGCUCUAUACCACCUCAUGAUGGACUGUUGGCAGCGAGAACGCAGCAACCGCCCCAAGUUUGAUGAGAUUGUCUGUCUGCUAGACAAACUCAUUCGCAAUCCCAGCUCAUUAAAAAGACUGGUCAACUCCUCGCACAGGGUUUCCAACCUGUUAGUGGAGCAUGCCAGUGUAGAAGGGAACUGCAGCACUCUGAGCCAGACGGUAGGGGAAUGGCUCGACUCCAUCAAGAUGGGUCGUUACACUGAGCUCUUCAUGGAAGGAGGUUACUCUUCGCUGGAGACGGUGACUCAGAUGACAUCAGAGGAUUUGCGAAGAGUAGGAGUGAGCCUUGCUGGACAUCAAAAAAAAAUCAUCACUAGUAUUCAAGAGAUGAGAGUCCAUAUGAACAACACCAACUCUACUGUAAACAUCUGAUGGAUAUGUACAGGCAUGCACACACACACACGCAAAUGCACACAUAUGCACACACACACACACACACUAUAUGGACCUAGUAUUUGACGAAAAGACUUGCUAUUGGACCUAGAGCGGCUUAGCACUUUCUAAGGACAAAGAAGCCCACUGCAUAUGGAUCUAAACUGGAGGGUCCACAUUUUUGUGGUUCUUGUGUGUGGAGUUUGCUUUUGGUGUCGUUGGGGAUUUUUUUUGACAUUGCAGCACUAAAACCAAACUGAACUGAGCUGAGUGUUGCUACGUGAAGGAAAGAUGAUGGUGAGCGAAACUGAACUGAAGUGAAGCGUUUUCAUUCUAAUUAUUCCAAUUGUGUGAAUCUUGCAGAUUGUGAUAUCUCUGUGCACUGUUUGGAUUCUUUCAGAUCAAACGUGACACACAGACCACAGAUCUGGCUCUGAGAGCAGCCAGCAUUGUUUUGGCUGUGUCACAAAUACAUGGGGUUUCACGCAGCGCGCUAAAAAUGUAACUUUUUCAGCCCGUCUCAGGUGAUCUGAACCCGGUGGAUCUGAACAGUUUCUGUGGCAAUUUUCUCUGGAAGUACAGUUCCAUCACGAGUCAUUGAACUGAACACCAUUCUCAGGCGGGGGGGGGAAGUAAUAAUGGACAUGUUUAUUAGUUUCAGUCUUUGCUUUGCCAUGCUGACGUGCUUUAGAUUUAGUUUUCCUGUCGCAGGCACGUCUUCAUGCAACAAGACUGCAGUUUUAAUUCAGCUGUAUGAAACUAAUGAAAGGUCCAGACUCGUAUUCGGCAUCAUGUACUUCAUUGUCUUCCAAAGCGAUGCAAGACAAGACUACAUAAUGCAACCUUCAUCGUUUAAAGAGGCUGAAGUUUAAAAUACUACAAAGUAACAAGGAAAUCGUCUGGGUCUGGCUUCUUCCAGAUGAGUUUGGGUCUUAUUGAACCCUAUAACUGCUCUUCUGGCUGAAUGUAUAAAACUACACGAAUCACAACACUUGGUUGCCAAGUCAUUCUAUUUAGUUUGAUAUGAAAAUACUGUCAAACAGGAUUAGAUUGUGAUCAAUCUGGUCCCUAAUUCCAUCUUCUGAAUGAAGCAGUAUAUUGUAAAAGAUAUUCAGCUGGCUAUCCGUCAUCUUUGCACUGAAAAAUCUGUAGGAAUCUCGAGACAGAACUCAUUCAGCAAUCAAAUUUAGCUUCAUAUAACUGGAUACUUCACGCAUGUUUUAGUGGGAACGUUCACUCAGAUGCCGGGCAACCUUCGUGUAGGUCCGCACAGCUUCACUCAGAGUCUAGAAAAACUGUUUCCUGAGAUUCUACUGGAACCUGUGCUGAGACACCAAUGGAUACUUGGUAUCCCAGAUUCUGAUGAACCUUCACAUGCAGGCUUUACGUCGGACAUUCAAAAUGGAACAGUCGCACAGGGUUCUAAUGGAAAUGCCACAUGUUCAAAGGCACUUCCGGUAGGAUUCAGCUGGAACAUUCAAUCCAACAGUAAUUUAAUUUCAUGGAAAUGUUGAUCCUGAUGGAACAUUUGCUCAUGUGAUAAUGGAACCGGCAGUAAGAUUCCAGUGGGACUGUUUACUGAUAUUCUAAUGGGACCUUUACUCAGAUUCUAAUGGAAUCUCUUCUAGGAUUCCAAUGCAGCCUUCACUCAAGAGUGCACUCAGUUUUUCAUGGAGCCUUCACUUAGAAACCAACAACCUUCAGGUACCGCGGAAAACCCUCAACAAUUUAUUCAGUUCACCAUGCCGAUAGAGUCUCUCUCCACCACAUGUCUGCUACACCACAAUAAACCUCACUAACGGGACUGCUGAAAAUAAGGAGGCAAUAUUGAUCAACUUGAUAAUCAUCUAUUUAUUUAUACUUGUAAAAAUGAUGUAGACGGUUUGUUUCAUCAUAAUACUCUCUAUUGGACUACUGAGCAGCUCUGCCUACAUGUCUUUCAUGUAUAUAAUGUAUAAUAUAUUUAAAGCAGGGAGCAUUGUUCUUCUGUCUACCAUUAUGUGGACAAGUUGGUAUUGAUCAAGCAUCUCAGAGUAGUGCACAUUAUUACAUUUGUGACAGAUAUUCUAAAUCAGCAUUCCUGCUACUUAGACCUGGGCCACUGUCUGGUGGGGGCAACCAGCACAUCUGUCCCCAUAUAAGGGUGCCCCAAA